CAGGAUGGGUGAUGGAUCAGAAACGAUCCUGACUUGUGAAGCAUUUGGUCCUGGGGAGUCCAAGGAGGCAGAAAAAACAGCGCACAACCCGCAAACGGGACACAGACAUGUCUUACAUCGACAGAUGCUACUACCGCACAUCCACAGUUGAUCCAGAAACGUCACUGCCUUUGUACGUGUUGGACUCAACGUUCAUACCUUCGUCGAUCUUCAAUGGCAGCACCUCCACAUCCGACAUCGACUCUCAACCCAAGUUGCGGAACUUCGUCAACAGAAUCCUAGAGAAACUCCCGCAAGAAGACCAUGCACUCGUUUUCUUCACAAACGGGUUCUAUCAGUCAUCCCUUGUGCAACAUCAGCAGCGAGAUACUAGUCCCGACAACACCCACUCGUCUGCAUCGGUGCCAACUUCCUCGAUAACCAACUCCUCCGAACAGUCCUCGUUCAAGCUGCCGCUGAACAUAAUUAAGAUUUUGAAACUUAUACCCCCAGAGUCGAAAAAACAUCUAUCCAAAAUUUACAUAGUCCACAGCACCUGGCUUCUCAAAUCAAUCGUUGAUCUCUUCACGAAAUUCUACUCGUUCAACUCUACAAACCACCCAGUCAUCAUCAACUGCAACAAUCUAACAACGCUUUCUCACUAUGUCGACAUCACUAAAUUACUGAUCUCGUUGCAUACCUACAUGAUCGACAAAAUCCAAUACAAAAACAACAAGAUCGUGAUGACGAGACACUUCACCGCCAUCUACGGGCGUCCAUUGACUCUUUACUCUCUUCACAACUUGGCUAGCUCGUCAAGCAGCAUCUUCCCGCUGAACCAAUUUGCUCGGAUCUUCAACAACCUCAUUGCAUAUUUGUCAAACAAAGAUCUGGACACCCAGUUGUCCGUUACCGACUGGACAACAAUCAUAAGAUGCUCCGCGCUCUCGAACGAAACCAAAAUCUCCAUAGACAUUUUAUCCGACUGCUUGAAAAGAGAUCAGCUCAUUGUUUUAGCCGAUUUCUCCUUUUUAGAACAUUACAUGAUUAUAGUCAAGUUCAUCCUGAAACUUUCAAAUUCGAAAUCGCCCCUUAUACCCCUUGAGGUACUUAUCUCCCACCGUGCAGGUCCUUCGCAAAUCGAUUUUAAAGAUGUCGAACAGGUAAAUUACUUCAUGAAUGAGGUACUCACUUUCAGGCAUCCACUGAUAGAUCUUAGUAACCAUUCAAACGCAUCGUCAUCUGAAUUGCAAACUCCGCCAACGUCCGCUGGAACCGCAGAGCCUUCAUCAUUAGAGGAAAAUUAUGGAAAAAGUGAAAUAGAUAGCUAUGACAACUCCUAUAUCCUCAUCAAGUUAUUCAAAUUGUUUAGAUAUCUUCUCAACAAGUUAGAAAGAGAAGCUUGCAUUCUUGAGCCUCAUGCCAAAAACAAAACCAAAUCAGUAGAAAGACAGACAUUGAGACUUAUUUUGGCCUUCACCAAAAUACUGUAUGCCGAUAACCAGGAAAACUCUUCUCCCCUUUCAUCCUCUCAGGAGGAUUUGGAUUACGAUGAUAUAGGAUUCGAUAAUCUGUUCAAGCUUUUACGGUCAAUUAUGCAAUAUUUCGAUAAACUAACAAUACUUGGGACGUCAUACACUCUGGAUGAUUUCAACAACCAUAUUAGCUUUGAUGAUUUUCUGGCUUUUGAAGCUUUCAAAAAUAAACAAUUGGGUAUUCAAGAUGUUUUGGAGUCAAAGCUUAUCUCUCACAAAAAGCAACCUGAACAACAAUGCGAACCGACGAAAACAUCUCCGCUCAAACCAAAACGUCAAUUAGAUAUUGUACCACCACUUCCUCCAAUGCCAAGAAAAAACCACUUGCUUUAUAUCGAAUCAAAAACAAAUGGUUCAACUGGCUCCAUAUCUUCCAGGUCAACAUCCGCAAGCUCCCACAAAUCUGACAUUUCGUCUACUUCCUCAUCUUCUUAUAUGCAGACCAGUGCCGAGUCGACCAUACCUGUAACACGAUCAGAGGUAGACAUAUUAGCCAAGUCUGUGGAAAGCUUGGGAUUAGAGGAGGAAAAGUCAACUACUAUUGAUUAUGAUGUUGAUAACGUUUAUAAAACACCCCAAAGAACGACUAGGAAUGAUCAAUUUGAUGACAUUUCAGACACAGAGACUCUUCGGGAUAUGGUUGGUGAUUUGUUGACCCCAACCAAACCCCUAAACUAUAAGACUUCAACGUCUUCAAUUGCAGAUACCUUAUUAACUCCAUCACCAAGGAAACAAGCACGUCCUGUACCAGCCAAACCUGCGUUUUUGGAGAGUAUGAUUCCAGCCAAAAAUAGUAAACUGCGCAAAUACACGGAGAAGGAUCUGGAAGUGCAACAGCAGGCGGAGAAAAUAAAAAAGGCUGCAAUAUUGAAAGAACAGCAUGCAAAAGAAGUAGAAAAAGGUGUGAGGAGAGGCGAACGUAAAGUCAGUCGACUUGCUAGACUGUACGAGGAGAAAUACAUGCCCACAGAAUGAGCUCGAGACACGUACAAUGGACUAUAUUUUCUAAUAAUUCUAUUUUUUCUAUUGAAAUUUUAAUAAGUAGAUGAAUGAAUAAAUAAACAUAUAACUAAAGGAAUGAAUAAAUCUAGAAUGAAUAAAUAAUGUUAUUUAAGUUAAUAAAUAAAUGCAUUUCGGAG